UUCUUCUCCACUGCCUCUGCUCUCUCUCCUUUUCUCUCCAAGUACUGCAACCUAAGUCCCUGCAUUUUUUCCACCCCAUAAUUGUAUUACACUUCUCUUUUGUAAAAAAGUGUAGGGUUUUAAAAUUCAUCUACUUUGACCUUAACACUACAUUCUUGUACAAAAAUUACCCUUUGCAUUUUUAAAGUUUCUUGCUUUCUUUUCCUAUUUAAUUCCAAUUUUCGUUUCUGCCUCUUCUUCUGCUCGUUUAGAUGUGGUGAAGGUAGGAAAUUAGGGCCAUACCCUUAGCUUCUUGCUGUUGAUUAUGAUAGGGACGGACAUUGUGCUGAAAGGCUGGAGCUUUUUGAGCUGAAAUCUUGAUAGGAAUGACUCAUUUUUUUCUGGAAUAGUUGAGAUAAAAGGAGGGGGGAAAUGGAGGAGGAGCAUGAGUUGAUCCUGGCAUGCAUAAUUUCAGGGUCCCUUUUCUCUGUUCUUGGGGCUGCUUCCUUUUCUAUACUCUGGUUGGUCAAUUGGCGGCCGUGGCGCAUCUAUAGUUGGAUAUUUGCUAGAAAAUGGCCAAAUUUCCUCCAUGGUCCUCAGCUAGGAAUAUUGUGCGGCCUUCUUUCCCUGGGUUCAUGGAUAGUUGUUAUUUCGCCAGUGGUGGUGCUUAUUGUUUGGGGAUACUGGUUGAUCGUGAUACUCGGGAGAGAUAUAAUUGGUUUAGCUGUUGUAAUGGCUGGAGUUGCUCUACUUUUGGCAUUUUAUUCUGUAAUGCUCUGGUGGAGAACACAAUGGCAAAGCUCAAGGGCUGUUGCAAUUCUUCUUCUUCUGGCUGUUGGGUUGCUUUGUGCUUAUGAGCUUUGUGCUGUAUAUGUUACUGCGGGCGCAAAGGCAUCCGACCGAUAUUCUCCUUCUGGUUUUUUCUUUGGCGUCUCAGCAAUUGCCCUAGCAAUCAACAUGCUUUUUAUUUGUCGGAUGGUUUUCAAUGGCAACGGUCUAGACAUAGACGAAUAUGUGAGAAGGGCAUACAAAUUUGCUUACUCAGACUGUAUAGAAGUGGGUCCUGUGGCGUGCUUACCUGAACCGCCUGAUCCCAAUGAAUUAUAUCCUAGACAAUCAAGAAGGGCUCUACACCUUGGGCUUCUCUAUUUUGGUUCCCUUGUGGUUCUGCUUGUAUAUUCCAUCUUAUAUGGUUUAACGGCCAAGGAAUCCCAUUGGCUUGGUGCAAUUACAUCUGCUGCAGUAAUUAUCCUUGAUUGGAAUGUGGGCACAUGCCUCUACGGAUUUAAGCUUCUUAAGAGUCGCGUUGCCGCUCUUUUUGUUGCUGGGGCUUCUCGGGUCUUCCUAAUAUGUUUUGGAGUCCACUACUGGUAUCUAGGACACUGUAUCAGUUAUGCAGUUGUGGCCUCUGUGCUUCUUGGAGCUGCUGUAUCUCGUCAUUUGUGCGUUACGAACUCAUCUGCUGCUAGAAGGGAUGCUUUGGAGAGUACAGUUAUUCGUCUUCGCGAAGGAUUUCGUAAGAAAGAGCAGAACUCCUCCUCCAGCUCAUCUGAAGGUUGUGGUUCAAGUAUAAAAUGCAGUAGUAGUGCUGAUGCUGGUCACCUUGGUAAUGGUACUGUACCUAGCACCGGGGAUCUUACUAGCUGGAAUCAUGUUGAAGGUAUCCAUAGUGAGAAGGGCAUUGAUAGUGGAAGGCCUAGUUUUGCGUUACGUAGUACUUCUUGUCGUUCGGUCGUUCAAGAAACUGAAGUUGGGCCUUCUUAUGUUGACAAAAGUUUUGAUCAUAAUGAGUCUUUGGUGGCUUGUUCUAGUAGUGGCAUGGAAAGUCAGGGAUGUGAGUCAAGUGCAUCUAAUUCUGUGAGUCAGGUGCUGGACUUAAACUUAGCACUUGCAUUCCAGGAAAAGUUGAAUGAUCCGAGGAUUACAUCCCUCUUGAAAAAAAGAACAGGGCAAGGAGAGCUUGAACUAACAAAUUUACUGCAAGAUAAAGGACUUGAUCCUAAUUUUGCUGUGAUGCUAAAAGAAAAUGGACUGGAUCCUAUGAUCCUUGCAUUACUGCAAAGAAGUAGCUUGGAUGCAGAUACGGAUCACCGUGACAAUACUAACAUAGCUAUGAUGGACUCAAACAGUGUUGAUAACAUGCCAUCUAAUGAAAUAUCAUUCUCGGAAGAGCUUAGAUUACGUGGUCUGGAAAAAUGGCUACAACUGUGCAGACUAUUCUUGCACUAUACAACUGGUACGCCAGAGCGCUCAUGGCUUUUGUUCAGUUUUGUCUUUAGUAUAGAGACCACCAUUGUGGCCAUUUACCGUCCAAACACAAUCAACCUAAUAAACUCUACACACCAACAGUUUGAAUUUGGUAUAGCUGUGCUGUUGUUGUCUCCCGUUGUCUGGUCAAUCAUGGCCUUUCUUAGGUCACUUCAAUCUGAAGAACUGUCUAUGACAUCCAAACCUAGAAAGUAUGGAUUUGGUGCUUGGUUAGUAAGCACUUCCGUUGGAUUGUUGCUUUCCUUCUUGAGCAAAUCAUCUGUUCUGUUGGGGUUAUCUUUAACAGUACCUUUGAUGGUGGCAUGCCUAUCAGUUGGUGUUCCAAUAUGGAUUCAGAAUGGUUACCAGUUUCAGAUUUCUGGUGGCACUGAUGCAGGUCAUGCUGGAAAUCAUGUCAUUACAAGGAGAAAAGAGGGUGUUAUUCUUUUUAUUUGCAUGGCCUUAUUUACUGGGUCUCUAUUAGCACUUGGUUGGAUUAUUUCUGCAAAGCCAUUGGAUGACUUACGCUACAAGAGCUGGACUGGGGAUCCAAAAAGUGUUUCGUCUCCCUAUGCAUCAUCCUUGUAUAUUGGCUGGGCCAUGGCAUCUGCUAUCGCAUUGAUAGUUACCGGUGUCUUGCCAAUUGUAUCAUGGUUUGCAACCUAUCGAUUUUCUCUCUCCUCUGCUGUAUGUAUCGGGCUGUUUGCAGCUGUCCUUGUAUCAUUUUGUGGGGCAUCAUAUAUGACGAUUGUAACUUCGAGGAUUGGUCAGAUUCCGACAAAGGCUGACUUUCUUGCCGCUUUGCUUCCAUUGAUUUGUGUUCCUGCUAUCUUAUCACUGUCCUCUGGUCUUCUCAAAUGGAAAGAUGACAGCUGGAAGCUUUCUCGUGGUGCUCACAUAUUUAUAAUUAUUGGCUUAGUUCUGUUGUUUGGGGCAAUUUCAGCGGUUACAGUUAUAAUUGAACCAUGGACGAUUGGUGCAGCAUUCCUUUUAGUGGUUCUUCUUUUGGUUCUGGCAAUUGGCGUGAUUCACUACUGGGCUUCAAAUAACUUUUACUUGACACGAUUUCAGAUGCUAUUUGUUUGUUUCCUUGCGUUUCUUUUGGCUAUGGCUGCUUUUUUUGUGGGUUGGUUCCAAGAUAAAGCUUUCGUCGGUGCAUCUGUUGGUUACUUCUCAUUUCUUUUCUUGUUGGCUGGAAGGGCACUGACUGUACUUCUUUCUCCUCCCAUAGUGGUUUAUUCUCCUAGGGUAUUGCCUGUAUAUGUUUAUGAUGCUCAUGCAGAUUGUGGAAAAAAUGUCAGUGCCGCGUUUCUCUUGCUUUAUGGGAUAGCACUGGCAAUUGAAGGCUGGGGUGUUGUUGCCAGUUUGAAAAUUUAUCCACCUUUUGCUGGUGCUGCUGUAUCUGCUAUUACACUUGUUGUGGCCUUCGGAUUUGCUGUGUCACGGUCAUGCUUGACACUUGAGGUUUUAUUUCUAUCUUGAUAUUACCAUCUCUGGUCAUGAAUUUUCCAUCAUAUGUUUAGAUCUGAAACCCAUUCCUACUUUAUGCAGACAAGAAAUGCUUUGUCCGGGACGUACUCCGCUCCUCAGAGGUCCGCCAGUUCAGCAGCACUUUUGGUUGGAGAUCCUACUAGUGCAAGGGAUAGGGCUGGAAACUUUGUGCUUCCCAGAGCAGACGUGAUGAAGUUAAGAGAUCGUUUAAGAAAUGAAGAGCUGACUGCAGGAUCAUUCUACUCCAAAUUGAAGUGUUGGAGGAUAUUGCAGAAUGAUGUUACCAGUGAUGUAGGUCAUCGGAGAGCGAUGUGUGCUCAUGCAAGAAUACUUGCCCUUGAAGAAGCUAUUGAUACAGAAUGGGUUUACAUGUGGGAUAAGUUCGGUGGGUAUUUACUCCUUUUGCUUGGUUUGACGGCCAAGGCUGAAAGGGUGCAGGAUGAAGUUCGCCUAAGACUAUUCCUGGAUAGCAUUGGUUUUUCAGAUCUGAGUGCAAAAAAAAUCAAGAAAUGGAUGCCUGAGGAUCGUAGACAAUUUGAAAUUAUACAGGAGAGCUAUAUAAGAGAAAAGGAGAUGGAAGAGGAAGCUCUGAUGCAGAGACGCCAGGAGGAAGGAAGGGGCAAAGAAAGGAGAAAAGCCCUUUUGGAGAAGGAAGAGCGCAAAUGGAAGGAGAUUGAGGCUUCUCUCAUAUCAUCUAUUCCUAAUGCUGGCAGUAGGGAGGCAGCAGCUAUGGCAGCUGCCGUUCGUGCCGUAGGAGGUGAUUCAGUACGUGAUGACACAUUCGCACGUGAAAGAGUGGCAAACAUUGCCCGAAGAAUACGUGCAACUGAGUUAUCUCAACGUGCUCAGCAGACUGGACUCAGUGGUGCUGUUUGUGUUGUUGAUGAUGAACCUACAACAAGUGGCAGGCACUGCGGCCAGAUUGAUCCUACUUUAUGUCAGACUCAGAGAGUCAGCUUUUCCUCAGCUGUGAUGAUCCAGCCUGAUUCUGGGCCAGUAUGUCUCUUGGGAACUGAAUUCCAACGGAGAGUUUGUUGGGAAAUUCUUGUAGCGGGUUCUGAACAAGGCAUUGAGGCUGGACAAGUUGGCCUUCGGUUGAUUACAAAAGGGGAUAGACAGACUACUGUUGCAAAAGAGUGGAGUAUAAGUUCAUCUUGUAUCGCAGAUGGAAGGUGGCAUAUUAUUACGAUGACUAUAGAUGCUGAUAUAGGUGAAGCCACUUGCUUUAUUGAUGGUGGCUACGAUGGCUAUCAGACUGGACUUCCACUUAAUAUUGCAAACGGCAUAUGGGAGCAAGAAACAGACGUUUGGGUUGGUGUUAGGCCACCAACCGAUAUGGAUGCAUUUGGAAGGUCUGAUAGUGAAGGUUCUGAAUCCAAGAUGCACGUAAUGGAUGUUUUUCUUUGGGGAAGGUGCUUAAGUGAAGAUGAGAUUGCUACCCUUCCAGCUGCCGUUGGUCCUGGAGAUUACAACUUGAUUGAUAAUCCUGAUGACAACUGGCAGUGGGCUGAUUCUCCUCCAAGGGUUGAGGACUGGGAGAGCGAUCAUGCUGAGGUUGAUCUCUACGACAGAGAUGAAGUGGAUUGGGAUGGACAGUAUUCAAGUGGGAGGAAGAGGAGAUCCGACAGGGAGGGGGUCAUUGUAGAUGUUGAUUCAUUUACCAGGAGGUUGAGGAAGCCGAGGAUGGAGACUCAGGAUGAAGUCAAUCAACGUAUGCGCUCAGUAGAAUUGGCUGUUAAAGAAGCCCUCUUGGCAAGAGGGGAAGUGAAUUUUACUGAUCAGGAGUUCCCUCCAAGUGAUCGUUCGUUAUUUCUAGAUCCUGACAACCCUCCAUCCAAGUUACAGGUAGUUUCUGAAUGGAUGAGACCUAAAGAAAUAGUGAAAGAGAAGCAUCUGGAUUGUGCCCCGUGCUUAUUUUCGGGAACAGCAAAUCCUUCCGACGUUUGUCAGGGUCGGUUGGGUGAUUGUUGGUUUCUGAGUGCGGUUGCUGUGCUGACUGAAGUUUCUCGAAUAUCAGAAGUCAUUAUUACACCAGACUUCAAUGGCGAAGGAAUUUAUACAGUUCGCUUUUGCAUUCAGGGGGAAUGGGUUCCUGUUGUUGUCGAUGAUUGGAUCCCAUGCGAAUCACCUGGUAAGCCUGCAUUUGCAACCAGCCGGAAGGGGAAUGAAUUGUGGGUCUCUAUACUAGAAAAGGCAUACGCCAAGCUUCACGGGUCGUACGAAGCAUUGGAAGGCGGGCUCGUCCAAGACGCUCUUGUGGACCUUACGGGAGGUGCUGGUGAGGAGAUUGACAUGAGGAGCUCUCAGUCUCAGAUUGAUCUUGCAAGUGGCAGAUUAUGGUCUCAACUACUACGUUUCAAACUGGAAGGGUUUUUGCUUGGCGCUGGUAGCCCUUCAGGUUCAGACGUCCACAUUUCAUCCUCUGGGAUCGUGCAGGGGCACGCUUACUCUAUAUUGCAGAUACGUGAAGUAGACGGCCAUAAACUUGUCCAGAUACGAAAUCCUUGGGCAAAUGAGGUUGAGUGGAAUGGCCCUUGGUCCGAUUCCUCGCCUGAAUGGACAGAUAGGAUGAAACACAAGCUCAAGCAUACUCCACAGGCGAAGGAUGGUAUAUUUUGGAUGUCGUGGCAAGAUUUCCAAAUCCAUUUCAGAUCAAUAUAUGUGUGUCGCAUCUACCCGCCUGAAAUGCGUUACCCUGUCCACAGCCAGUGGCGUGGUUAUAGCGCCGGUGGUUGCCAAGACUACGAAACGUGGCAUCAAAACCCGCAGUUUAGAUUGAGAGCCACUGGUACUGAUGCAUCAUUACCAAUCCACGUGUUUAUAACUUUAACUCAGGGGGUGAGCUUCUCGAGGACAACAGCCGGUUUCAGGAAUUACCAAUCGAGCCAUGAUUCACAGAUGUUCUACAUCGGGAUGAGGAUUCUAAAGACCCGUGGCUGCCGUGCUGCCUACAAUAUCUACAUGCACGAAUCAGUUGGUGGGACCGAUUAUGUGAAUUCCCGAGAAAUAUCGUGUGAGAUGGUCCUGGAUCCGGACCCCAAGGGAUACACCAUAGUGCCAACAACAAUCCACCCAGGAGAAGAAGCGCCCUUUGUGCUCUCAGUGUUCACGAAAUCAUCAAUAACUCUCGAAGCAUUAUAG